AUGUACGCGGUGUCCGAAAAAAUGUCGUUUCGAGAGCAAGACGAUAGCAGCGUGAGGCGCUCGGCUGCCGGCGGCAAAGAAGGCAAAAAGAAGAAGAAGACCGCCCAUUUCAAGUGAGUUUGCCACAGAGAUUCCCUUCGAAUGAUAGUUCAGAAAGCGAGGACAUCCGGCCUUCAAGGUCAUGUUCAUUGUGUGCUCCCUACUGACUGUUCUCUCGAUUAUCAUGGCGUGUGUGGCGAGUGAGUGAACCGAAUGCGCGGUUUCCGAAAGAGAACACUUUCAGCGAUCAUGAUGGUCAUUGCUUGA